AUGGAAUAUAUCGAAGAUAUGGAUAGUAAUACAAUUUUGAAUGAUUCUUUGUUAAUUAGUGAAACAGAGUCUGUACAAACAGAUAUAACACCAUUAUCAAAUAUUGGGGGUGCAAAAUGCAAGUAUUGUCCUGCAUCAUGGACUCGAGGAAGGGUUCAGGAUAUAAGAACCCACCUCGCUAUGAAGUGUAAAGUACUAUGUGAUCUUCAAAACAAGGACAACCCAACACUAUCUGGAUCUCAAUCAGUAACUUUAAAAAAAAGAAAACAAAACUCUACAUUAUAUAUAGAUGCAUAUUUUAAUGCAAAAGAAGCAAUUGACAAAGAUAAAGAAACGAGGGCCAAUAAAUCUCUAAUUAAAUGGAUUGUGUGUUCAGGUAUUUCAUUUUUGGCCUUUGAUUCUCCCUAUUUUGAAGAUUUUACCAAGAUGUUGAAUCCAGGAUAUAAUUCUCCUAAGCGCACUACAUUAGCAACAUCAAUUUUAGAUGCAGAAGCGGCAAAUAUCUUACUGAAG